AUGGCUAUUCCUAAUAUAGCAGUCCGAGGCUCUACAGGUUUGACACUGUAUCAGAGUGAAUCGCCAUAUGAUCUAGUCUCUAAAUUUCCAUCGGAUGUCUCAUCGACAUGCAAGUUUAUGUUGUUCAGUCCGAAUGGAAAACAUUUUGCUUGGAUUAAUAAUUCCAAGGUUGUAAUUGUUAAAACUUCUGAUUGGAAGACUAUUGCUGAAGUUGACUAUCCAAAAGCCGCACAAUUAGCAUAUAGCUGUAAAGGAACUUUUUUGAUCGUUUAUGAGCCAUUUAUGACAACACCAAGUAAUCCAAAAGGCAGUCCUAAUGUGCACAUUAUAAAAACGGCUGAUGGACAACUAGUGAAAAGUUUAGAAUACAGAGAUUAUAAACUUUGGACUCCACAGUGGUCUUCGGAUGAAAAAAUUUGUGCUCGGUUUUUGAAUGGCGAUGUAUUAUUUUACGAAAAUUCUAAUUUUGAUAAUAUUGUACAUAGAAUUAAAGGACUUAAACUCAAUAAUUAUUCAAUAUCUCCAGGAAAUCAACCACUUAAUAUUCUUUGCUUUAUUCCAGCUAAAACUGGUCCUUCAAAUGGUCGUCUAUUUCAAUAUCCAGAUUUUAGUACAAUUGUUGCCAAUAAAAGUUUUUUUCAGGCUGAUAGAGUAGAAAUAUUUUGGAACCAGAAAGGAACAGCAUCCUUAAUGUUAACAAGUACCGAUGUAGACAAAACAGGAGCAUCGUAUUAUGGUAAACAAGGUCUACAUCUGAUAACUUCAAAAGGAGACACUUCUCAGGUUAUAGUGAAUAAAGAAGGACCUUUAUAUAAUGCUGCCUGGAGUCCAUCUUCAAAUGAAUUCUGUGUUAUCUAUGGUUUUAUGCCAGCAAAGGCAACUUUAUAUAAUUUAAAAUGUGACCCAGUAAUAGAAUUUGGAACUGGAACAUUUAAUGCAGUCUACUACAACCCAUUUGGGAAUAUUCUUCUCUUAGCUGGGUUUGGUAACGUGCAAGGAAAUGCAGAGUUAUGGGACAUAAAUGGCAAGAAAAAGAUUAAAAAAAUAGAAAUACCAGAUACUACAUUUCUUCAAUGGUCUCCGGAUGGUAAACAUUUUGUAACAGCUACAACUGCACCACGACUUAAAGUAAGUAAUGGCUAUAAAAUUUGGCACUAUAGUGGUGCAUUACUACAUGAAAAACCUUGGGGAAAAGAUGAACUAUAUCAAGUUGUUUGGCAAAAUUAUCCUCAAGGUACUUUUAAAACACCCAACAUAGUUUUCAAAGCUGUUGAAGGAAUUGCUUCUAGUCAACCAAUUGCUUCUAAACAAGUUUAUCGACCACCGCAUGCCCGAAAUUCUGAUUUUAAACCCACUAGCUUACACGAAGAUUCAUCAUUAGAAACAAAAAACCAAUCAAAAGCUUAUUUAAAAAUGAAAAAGAAACGUGAAGCUAAACGACAAGCAAAGCAAAUGCAGGAUGUAGAAGACUCAAACGAUGAUAAACAAAAUGCUGUAAAAAUAAUUGAUGUACCCAAAGAUAACGAAAAACAAUUAAGAAUUAAAAAAAUUCAAUCUGAUUUAAAAAGCAUAAAUCGUUUCAAAACUUUACAAUCUUCAGGUAAAGAAUUGGAUAACAAUCAAAUGGCUAGAUUAAAACUUGAAAAUGGUUUAAUAGCUGAACUGAAACAACUACAGUUGUAA